UAACAAAUGACAUAUGACAAGGAGAAGAAAACCAAAUCAGAUACGAUCUAACCAAAUUAAGGGAGGUCAUUGGGCUACAUGUGAGGGUGAUCACUGUGUUACAUCCUGUUAUCGUGCAUCUGGUUGGAGGCAGCCUUUCAAAACAUUACUCACCAAAGCAGCUUGCUGGCAAACAAUUUACUUCGCUAAGCCUUACACGUUACAGUUUAGACAGAGUUUCAUUAUACAUGCAGCAAACGGUAAGCAAAGUCCAUUACUUCUUUAUUAUCUCGCUAAUUUAUGAGCGUUUAUUCCCACAAUAACCUUUAGACCUUUAACUGACUCCAAUCUACGUUUCACUAUUACAACAGUCCAGCCUAAGUUGCACUGUUCAUCUAAUAUUGUGUUCAUGCUACAUUGCCUAAGCUAGUCGGUACAAAAUGGAAAUGUGCGUAAAUGCAUUAAGACGACUGCUCAGAAAUUAUAUUUAUUAAAAUAAAGUGGCCGGCUAUAAACAUUCUCAACUCGUAAUAGUAUGUGAUGAGGAUAUGAACAUAACAAUUGUGCCCGAGGCAGAGAGUCGUUGACGCUGCCAAUGGACACUCAUCGCUUCCCCUACACUUUGGUCUGAAUAUCAAUUGAAAUUAUAAGAGGUCCUUCCAGAUGAUGGGGUAUCCUCGAUCACUUUGGCUUUGUUAGUGGAUCACAUCUUUCAGUGGACCACAGCUGUCAGUUGACCACAGCUGUUAGUUGACCACAGCUGUCAGUGGAUCACAGCUGUUAGUGGACCACAGCUGUCAGUGGACCACAGCUGUCAGUGGACCACAUCUGUUAGUGGACCACAGCUGUUAGUGGACUACAUCUGUCAGUGGACCACAGCUGUCAGUAGACCACAGCUCUUUCUGCUUUGUUUCUUUGUUGGUCGCAUUUAUUGAUGAAACAGGUUGGGAGUAGUAGCGACUGAUUGAGGCUGAGUCCCGGGCGCAGCUUUUCCUUCACACAGUUCUGUGUUUGGGGGCCACCUGUUUCCAAACAUGUUUGAUAUGCAUACUCGAUAAUUGGUAAUGCAACGCUAUUAUUAUGCAAAUGCCUGAAUCCUUCAUUCCACAAAAGUGCAUGGUGAAAUGGCUGUCUGGUAAGGAGACGCAAACAAUGCUGGUGGUGCGACCUCAUUCAAACACGCUGUAAUGGUAAUUGGUAUUUUUAAAAGGUAAUUACCUUUUUCACUGACGUAAAGAAACACCUGGUGACUUCAUCCAUUGGAUUAGGGAAGUCCCGAGGUCACCUAACAGUAUAAGAGCACGGACACAUGAGAGCUUGCAUUAGAAGAGACAGGACUACUGGGACCUUUCCAACAACCGGUUUACACGAACGAAUUUGGUAUGUCCUAACAUUAGAUAUAUCUUUGUAUACAAAGUAUACUUUGAUAUUUUUCCGCUUGAACCAAGAAUCAAACACUUUUGUUGAAAGAUAGAAUAUUAACUUCUGCAAUCUGCCGAGUUCAAGUUUAACACAAUAUCGGGGUUGGGGGGGGGGGGUGGCAGUGAAGUAGCUAGAGUUUUUGGACCCCAGGGGCGGUCCUAGAGUUGAAGCCGCUACUACGUGACAAAAACAACAUACAUAAUAAUUCAGCCGUUUAAAGGGAGUGAGUAUAUGAAGUAGACCCACAAUUUCGCCAGAAAAUAAGUCCCACCCAGGGUGGGAUGCCCUCUUGUUUGCCCCCUCUGCCUGUGUCCAUGACUGUAUGGAGGACGGGAGCCACUUUGUCGCAUCCGAUGCUGUAGUUGUAUGUAGUGCUAGACGGUAUCUAUGUCGUGAACGUAAGCGUCAAUCGAUGAAAUGGUAACACUCAGAUGGUAACACUCAGAUGGUAACAGUCAGAUGGUAACACUCAGAUGGUAACCCUGAGAUGGUAACACUCAGAUGGUAACACUAAGAUAGUAACACUCAGAUGGUAACACUGAGAUGGUAACACUGAGAUGGUAACACUGAGAUGGUAACACUGAGAUGGUAACACUGAGAUGGUAACACUGAGAUGGUAACACUGAGAUGGUAACACUGAGAUGGUAACACUGAGAUGGUAACACUGAGAUGGUAACCCUGAGAUGGUAACACUGAGAUGGUAACACUGAGAUGGUAACCCUGACAUGGUAACACUGAGAUGAUAACACUCAGAUGGUAACCCUGAGAUGGUAACACUGAGAUGGUAACACUGAGAUGGUAACACUCAGAUGAUAACCCUGAGAUGGUUAACCCUGAGAUGGUAACACUGAGAUGAUAAACCUGAGAUGGUAACCCUGAGAUGAUAACACUGAGAUGGUAACACUGAGAUGGUAACACUGAGAUGGUAACACUGAGAUGGUAACACUGAGAUGGUAACACUGAGAUGAUAACCCUGAGAUGGUAACACUCAGAUGGUAACCCUGAGAUGGUAACACUCAGAUGGUAACACUGAGAUGGUAACACUGAGAUGGUAACACUGAGAUGGUAACACUAAGAUGAUAACUCUGAGAUGGUAACACUCAGAUGGUAACACUGAGAUGGUAAAACUGAGAUGGUAACACUCAGAUGGUAACACUCAAAUGGUAACACUCAGAUGGUAACACUGAGAUGGUAACACUGAGAUGGUAACACUGAGAUGGUAACACUGACAUGGUAAAACUGAGAUGGUAACACUCAGAUGGUAACACUGAGAUGGUAACACUCAGAUGGUAACCCUGAGAUGGUAACACUCAAAUGGUAACACUGAGAUGGUAACACUCAGAUGGUAACACUAAGAUAGUAACACUCAGAUGGUAACACUGAGAUGGUAACACUGAGAUGGUAACACUGACAUGGUAACACUGAGAUGGUAACACUGAGAUGAUAACACUGAGAUGGUAACACUCAGAUGGUAACCCUGAGAUGGUAACACUCAGAUGGUAACACUGAGAUGGUAACACUGAGAUGGUAACCCUGACAUGGUAACACUGAGAUGAUAACACUCAGAUGGUAACCCUGAGAUGGUAACACUGAGAUGGUAACACUGAGAUGGUAACAAACAGAUGAUAACCCUGAGAUGGUUAACCCUGAGAUGGUAACACUGAGAUGAUAACCCUGAGAUGGUAACCCUGAGAUGAUAACACUGAGAUGGUAACACUGAGAUGGUAACACUGAGAUGGUAACACUGAGAUGGUAACACUGAGAGGAUAACCCUGAGAUGGUAACACUCAGAUGGUAACCCUGAGAUGGUAACACUCAGAUGGUAACACUGAGAUGGUAACACUGAGAUGGUAACACUGAGAUGGUAACACUAAGAUGGUAACUCUGAGAUGGUAACACUCAGAUGGUAACACUGAGAUGGUAACACUGAGAUGGUAACACUCAGAUGGUAACACUCAAAUGGUAACACUCAGAUGGUAACACUGAGAUGGUAACACUGAGAUGGUAACACUGAGAUGGUAACACUGACAUGGUAACACUGAGAUGGUAACACUCAGAUGGUAACACUGAGAUGGUAACACUCAGAUGGUACCCCUGAGAUGGUAACACUCAAAUGGUAACACUGAGAUGGUAACACUGAGAUGGUAACACUCAGAUGGUAACACUGAGAUGGUAACACUCAGAUGGUAACACUCAGAUGGUAACACUGAGAUGGUAACACUGAGAUGGUAACACUGAGAUGGUAACAUUCAGAUGGUAACACUGAGAUGGUAACACUGAGAUGGUAACACUCAGAUGGUAACACUGAGAUGGUAACACUCAGAUGGUAACACUCAGAUGGUAACACUGAGAUGGUAACACUCAGAUGGUAACACUCAGAUGGUAACCCUGAGAUGGUAACACUUAGAUGGUAACACUCAGAUGGUAACCCUGAGAUGGUAACACUGAGAUGGUAACACUGAGAUGGUAACACUCAGAUGGUAACACUGAGAUGGUAACACUGAGAUGGUAACACUCAGAUGGUAACACUGAGAUGGUAACACUCAGAUGGUAACACUCAGAUGGUAACACUGAGAUGGUAACACUCAGAUGGUAACACUCAGAUGGUAACCCUGAGAUGGUAACACUUAGAUGGUAACACUCAGAUGGUAACCCUGAGAUGGUAACACUUAGAUGGACCACUUAGGUGGACUCGGUGAGAUUGAAACACUGAGAUGGUAAUAUUGAAAUGGUUAUACUGUUUUUUUUUCACCUCAGAGAAUGUGGCAGUCUGUGAUCUUUUGUUUGUCUCUGGUCUGUCUUGGAGUAUCAGCAGGUAGGCUAGCGGUCAAAUACUCAUAGAAAUCUAACAAAAAGUUAUUUUACAGUAUGUCAUCCUAUAUUUUUUUAGGCUGAUGUGUGUAUCUGAGCUGUGGAGUGUGCACCAUAGGGUAGUGUUGAGUCAGUAGGAGUGUGCACCAUAGUGUAGUGUUGGGGCAGGGGGAGUGUGCACCAUAGGGUAGUGUUGAAUCAGGGGGAGUGUGCACCAAAGGGUAGUGUUGGGGCAGGGGGAGUGUGCACCAUAGGGUAGUGUUGAGUCAGGGUGGAGUGUGCACCAUAGUGUAGUGUUGAGUUAGGGUGGAGUGUGCACCAUAGGGUAGUGUUGAGUCAGGGGGGGGAUGAAAGUUGUCUAACCCUAGACAGCUCAUUGUAAUUUGUACAUGAUCUGUCUCGCCUUCUCUCUCUACCUCUCUCUCGCUCUCUCUCCCUCUUCGCUCUCUCUCUACCUUUAUCUCCUUCUUUCUCUCCCCUCUCUCUCUCUGCCUCUUUCUCUCUCUAAUCGUGCUCUCUCUGUCUUCCUCUCUCUUUCUCUCUCUCUCUCUCUCUCUCUCUCUCUCUCUCUUCCUCUCACCAUGAGAAAAUGCAUUAAAGGGUCGCGGAAUUAGAAAAGUUGAGAACCACUGGGUUAGCUUGUAGUGUCACUGUAUAUAAUAUAUCGAUAGAAGAGCUUCGAUUACAUUAACUAAGUGUGACAAGGGUCGUUUAGGACCAAUAUGUUUGUCCUGGUCUACGAACACUGCCACGGAAAGAUUGCCGUGAAGACGCUAGUGCAUAUCAAUGUCUUUGAAAAUAUUGCUUUUGUCAUCUUGCAGCCCAACAUGCGUACGACUUCAAGAGGACCGUCAUCAUGAUGGAGAAACCGACCAUCUACGGCGAAAAUGUCUUCUUCCGGGGCGGCGUCGAUUAUUCAAACAGAGAAAGUAAGAUUGGGAUACUUCCCCAACAUUUCAAUGUCACUGAAGCGUCUAACUUAAUUUCUAGCUUAAUUUCUAACUUGAUUUCUAAAUAGAGUUAUAAAUUAAUUUCUAACUAAAUUUCUAACUAAAUUUCGAACUAAAUUUCUAUCUAAAUUUCGAACUAAAUUUCUAUGUAAACUUCUAACUACAUUUCUAUCUAAAUUUCUAACUAAAUUUCUAUCUAAAUUUCUAACUAAAUUUCUAUCUAAAUUUCUAACUAAAUUUCUAUCUAAAUUUCUAACUAAAUUUCUAUCUGAAUUUCUAACUAAAUUUCUAUCAAAAUUUCUAACUAAAUUUCUAACUAAAUUUCUAACUAAAUUUCUAUCUAAAUUUCUAACUAAAUUUCUAUCUAAAUUUCUAAAUAAAUUUCUAUCUAAAUUUCUAACUAAAUUUCUAUCUGAAUUUCUAACUAAAUUUCUAUCAAAAUUUCUAACUAAAUUUCUAACUAAAUUUCUAACUAAAUUUCUAUCUAAAUUUCUAACUAAAUUUCUAACUAAAUGUACAAAUUAAUAUCUAACAUAAUGUCUUCUAUUAUGUAUAACUAAUGUCUAAAACACAUUGAAGUUGCCAAGUUAAUGUCUAACAUUAUGAUCAAUUUCAUAUAAAACUGCAAAGUCCAACUCAAGUGACCGUGUUUAAAUAAUAAUCAUCAUUUAGUUAUCGGAUUGUUGAAUAACGAUAGGCGAGAAUUAUCCAAAUACAAAUGUGAAGGUCCAAAUAUCAAAUUGAUGAUACCACUCAAAUACCAACAAAAUCACUAAAAUUACAAAAGCAUUGUAGACUUAUGUUCUUUGGCACAUCAUUAUUAAUUAUUUAUAUUUUUAUAAAAAAGGGAGGAUGUGUGUCUAUUUGAAAGAGAGGUUGUGUGUCCAUAGGACAGAGAGGUUGUGUGUCCAUAGGACAGAGAGGUUGUGUGUCCAUAGGACAGAGAGGUUGUGUGUCCAUAGGACAGAGAGGUUGUGUGUCCAUAGGACAGAGAGGUUGUGUGUCCAUAGGACAGAGAGGUUGUGUAUCCAUAGGACAGAGAGGUUGUGUAUCCAUAGGACAGAGACCUUAGGUGUCUGUAUGACAGAGAGGUUGUGUGUCCAUAGGACAGAGAGGUUGUGUGUCCAUAGGACAGAGAGGUUGUGUAUCCAUAGGACAGAGACCUUAGGUGUCUGUAUGACAGAGAGGUUGUGUGUCCAUAGGACAGAGAGGUUGUGUGUCCAUAGGACAGAGACCUUAGGUGUCUGUAUGACAGAGAGGUUGUGUGUCCAUAGGACAGAGAGGUUGUGUGUCCAUAUGACAGAGAGGUUGUGUGUCCAUAGGACAGAGAGGUUGUGUGUCCAUAGGACAGAGAGGUUUUGUGUCCAUAGUACAGAGACCUUAGGUGUCUGUAUGACAGAGAGGUUGUGUGUCCAUAGGACAGAGAGGUUGUGUGUCCAUAGGACAGAGACCUUAGGUGUCUGUAUGACAGAGAGGUUGUGUGUUCAUAGGUCAAAGAGGUUGUGUGCCCAUAUAAUAGAGAGGUUGUGUGUCCAUAUAACAGAGAGGUUGUAUGUCCAUAGGACAGAGAGGUUGUGUGCCCGUAUAAUAAACAGAUUGUGAGUCUCUUUGACAUAGAGGUUGUGUGUCCAUAUGACAGAGAAUUUGUGUGUCCAUAGGACAGAGAAGUUGUGUGUCCAUAAGACAGAGAGGUUGUGUGUCCAAAGGACAGAGAAGUUGUGUGUCCAUAUGAUAGAGAGGUUGUGUGCCCAUAUAAUAGAGAGGUGGUGUGUCCAUAUAAUAGAGAGGUUGUAUUUCCAUAGGACAGAGAGGUUUUGUGUCCAUUUGACAUAGAGAAUGUGUAUCCAUAUGAUAGAAAUAUUGUGUGUCCAUAGGACAGAAAGGUUGUGUGUCCAUAGAACAGAGAGUUUGUGUGUCCAUAUGACAGAGAGGUUGUGUGUCCAUAGGACAGAGACCUUAGGUGUCUGUAUGACAGAGAGGUUGCGUGCCCAUAUAAUAGAGAGGUUGUGUGUCCAUAUAUAAGAGAGGUUGUAUUUCCAUAUGACAGAGAGGUUGUGUGUCCAUUUGACAUAGAGAAUGUGUGUCCAUAUGAUAGAGAGGUUGUGUGUCCAUAGGACAGAAAGGUUGUGUGUCCAUAGAACAGAGAGGUUGUGUGUCCAUAGAACAUAGAGGUUGUGUGUCCAUAGGACAGAGAUGUUGUGUGUCCAUAGGACAGAGAGUUUGUGUGUCCAUAGGACAAAGAUAUUGUGUGUCCAUAGGACAGAGAGGUUCUGUGUCCAUAGGAUAGAGAGUUUGUGUGUCCAUAUGACAGAGAUGUUGUGUGUCCAUAGGACAGAGAGUUUGUGUGUCCAUAGGACAAAGAUAUUGUGUGUCCAUAGGACAGAGAGGUUCUGUGUCCAUAGGAUAGAGAGGUUGUGUGUCCAUAGGAAAGAGAUUUUGUGUGUCCAUAAGACAGAGAAGUUGUGUGUAACUAGCAAAGCCCUACAAUGUUAUCAGAGAAUGAUGCAUAUAUCUCUUAUAAUGUUCAUUCAGAUUGCUCAAAAGAAAUUCCAGUGGAUGAGAAUCGGUGCAACAUUGGCAUUAGACACACAGUCCAUCUCUCACCAGUCUAUGAAGCGGUAAGUAAUAGACUCAGUCUAUCUCUCACCAGUCUAUGAAGCGGUAAGUCAUACACACAGUCUAUCUCUCACCAGUCUAUGAAGCGGUAAGUCAUACACACAGUCUAUCUCUCACCAGUCUAUGAAGCGGUAAGUCAUACACACAGUCCAUCUCUCACCAGUCUAUGAAGCGGUAAGUCAUACACACAGUCCAUCUCUCACCAGUCUAUGAAGCGGUAAGUCAUACACACAGUCCAUGUCUCACCAGUCUAUGAAGCGGUAAGUCAUACACACAGUCCAUCUCUCACCAGUCUAUGAAGCGGUAAAUCAGGCCUAGUAAAAAUUGCAAGUUUUAAUUCCUUGUAUGCACAUUGUCUUCGGAAACACACUCUAUCUCUCACCAGUCUAUGAAGCGGUAAUUCAUACACACACUCUAUCUCUCACCAGUCUAUGCAGCGGUAAGUCAUACACACACUCUAUCUCUCACCAGUCUAUGCAGCGGUAAGUCAUACACACACUCUAUCUCUCACCAGUCUAUGAAGCGGUAAGUCAUACACACACUCUAUCUCUCACCAGUCUAUGCAGCGGUAAGUCAUACACACACUCUAUCUCUCACCAGUCUAUGAAGCGGUAAGUCAUACACACAUUCUAUCUCUCACCAGUCUAUGAAGCGGUAAGUCAUACACACACUCUAUCUCUCACCAGUCUAUGCAGCGGUAAGUCAUACACACACUCUAUCUCUCACCCAUCGAUGCAGGCGAAAACACGAAGCCUAGUAAGAGGACAUUUUUCUAUUUCUUGUAUGAACAUCGCCAGACCAAGCCUAGCAUAAUCGAAAAUAAAUUAAUUCAAAUAACAUCUCUACUAAAUCUAAUAGGGAACACGGAGCUUAGGGCUGCACAAAAUUAGCUCCACCUUUUUGGGGACGGGGUUGAGGAGGCUGUGCUAUUAUAUAGAUUUUUUUUUUUAACAAACCCGGUAAACAACUAAUGAAGCGAAUUUCAAACUGUUAUUUUAAAAGGUUUUCUCCACACCCACACUCCCAACCUCAGUAAACUUCUUUCCCUGACCCCCAACUCCUUUUUCACAUACUUCUCUUUACUGUUCACUCUCCCUAUAUUCCACCACCACCCCCCCCCAAACCAUGUACUUCCUACUGUGUCCAUCUUCCCCUUGAACCACACCCCGCUCACUAACCGGAAGUGGCAUAAGGGCCUCCAAAAGUAACGUGAGGCGUCAGACUGCUAACUGCGUUUAAACGGUAACCAGAUAUAAAGCUGUUGCCAUCAUGUAACCAGAUAUAAAGCUGUUGCCAUCAUGUAACCAGAUAUAAAGCUAUUGCAAUCAUGUAACCAGAUAUAAAGCUGUUGCCAUCAUGUAACCCGAUAUAAAGCUGUUGCAAUCAUGUAACCAGAUAUAAAGCUGUUGCCAUUGUGUAACCAGAUAUAAAGCUAUUGCCAUCAUGUAACCAGAUAUAAAGCUGUUGCCAUCAUGUAACCAGAUAUAAAGCUGUUGCCAUUGUGUAACCAGAUAUAAAGCUAUUGCCAUCAUGUAACUAGAUAUAAAUCUAUUGCCAUCGUGUAACUAGAUAUAAAGCUAUUGCCAUCAUGUAACCAGAUAUAAAGCUGUUGCCAUCAUGUAACCAGAUAUAAAGCUGUUGCCAUCAUACUGUCAUCCUGUAACCAUACAUAAAGCCGUAGUCCUCCUGUAAACAAAUAUAAAGCCGUAGUUAUCCUGUAACCAUAUAUAAAGCCGUAGUCAUCAUGUAAACAAAUAUAAGAUGUAGUCAUUCUGUGACUAAAAAAUAAAGUUAUAUUCAUCUUGUAGCCAAAUAUAAAGCUGUAGUCCUCCUGUAGCCAAGUACAAAGCUGUAGUCAUCCUGUAAUCAAAUAUAAAGCUGUAGUCAUCCUGUAAUCAAAUAUAAAGCUGUAGUCAUCCUGUUAUCAAAUAUAAAACUGUAGUCAUAAUGUAAGAAAACAGCCCCUUUAAUCUUUAAACUGCAUCAAAACACUUAUAAACUACUCCUAAAGUUUAAUUGCAAAAAUAAUAAUAAUAAUAAUAAUAAUUUGAAAAAACUUAAUGAAUUUAAAUUGUUAAAAUCUCAGGCGAAUGACUGGAACUAUUACGACAACUAUCUGGACUGGACUGGACCGGAACCGGAACAAGGAAAGUGGAACGGGGUUGCUGCUGAGGGCACGCCCGCCAUCUGGACCACCGAUGACGCCACAAGUCCUGCCUACCACCCUCUAAAUACGUGAGUCUCAGUGCCUUCUACUAGGUUGGAUGUCAAUAAUUAACAAAGAGCUGUCAUAAGAGGUAGCUGUAAAAAAAUAAUAAUAAAAAUACCAAGUCAAGCCUGUGGUCUGUGUAAAAACUAACCUUUAUCAACAACUCUACAUUCUUUGUAUACCUCACAUCACGUGACCAACGAACCUUUAUCAACAACUCUACAUUCUUUGUAUACCUCACAUCACGUGACCAACGAACCUUUAUCAACAACUCUACAUUCUUUGUAUACCUCACAUCACGUGACCACCCGCUGGAGUUCACCAAACGAUGUUCCCACAUUUGAUUUUAAACAUUUAUGAAACCAACUCACAACGUCCAGUCAUACAACAUGACAACAACACAGGCCAAUCAGGUCACAUAGUUCAAUCAGUACACACUACAACAAUAUCGUAUCCGGAAUUUUUAUCGAAAGAAAGUUUAUCGACGGUAAAUUGAUUGACGGUAAUUUGAUCGAAUGGAAAUCUUUUUUUUCUUCAGUUUUUACGUUAAAAUAUUGCUUAAAAUUUCUUUUUGAAUGCAUUAUUUGUUUUACUAUAUAGUACAGUGCGUUAAAAAAGAAAUAUGACGAAAAUUUUAACGUUUGAACUGAAAAAAAAAAAAUUCGACCAAAUUUCCGUUCGAUCAAAUUUCCGUCGAUCAAUUUACCGUCGACGAAAUUUCUUUCGAUCAAAUUUCCGUUAACUCAGCAAUAUCGUUUGUCACUCAUACUGUCACAAUAGCGUCUCUUAAAAUAAAAUAAAAUAAAAAUAGUCUAUCGCCAACACUUAUACCAACACAGUAAGACUUGAAGUUCAUUGGACCAUAGCGAGGAUGGGCUGCUCAAGUCAAUCGCGACCAAAAAAUCCGGAGAUGGUGUACCUAUGACAGGAUGCGUAAUUUUCCCAGAGACACGUUCAGUGAUAGUACACAUCGUCUCUUGAAGAUUGGCGACACAUAUUUCUCUCUCUCUCUCUCUCUCUCUCUCUCUACCCCCACCCCCCACCCGUUUUCCUCUCUGGAACCCCGUGUUGUCAUAUCCAGAGUUGCAAUUCAAUACCACUGCCGUUACAUUAUCAAUUAAAUAAUGAUCAACAUGAAUUUGUUGUCAUAUCCUCAACGUCUGCUGUCUUUGAUUCUUGCUUCCAGCUACGGCGCUCACUACUGGCUCGCCGACCUGGACGUGGACUGUGCCGACGCUCUCGAGGGCGGCUACUUUGAGCUGAAGGGCUUCUUCCAGGGCAAGUGGGAGGACGACCUGCCCCUGGGUAAGACGUGCACGGGCGAGGCGGGCAGUCCGAAGUUCGAGUCUGCCAAUCACAUCGUGAGGUGCGGCUACAAGAACGUCUUCCAUUUCAACAGCCCCGACUGCCUUGUUGAGGCGCUGUGAAAGCCGUUCACAGGAAAAGGAAAAUAGGAGCAUGGGGGCCACCCCCGACGCCCUCACUCCAACCCCCAGGAUAAAAAAGUGUGUGGAAGGUAUAUGUUGCAAGAAACAGAGGAUAUAUUUUUUUCCAACGGAUAAAUGUAAUCUGAUUUGUCAACAUGUAGCUUGAAAUUUUAAGGAAAUAAAAGCCUUUCAAUAUUUAUGUUUGCUUUGUAAUGAAUUACUUCAAGAACAUUAUUGAUAUUUCACUGUGCUAAACUUUUUUAAAAAUAAAAUAAUGUAAUGUAUAGAAAAUGACUUCUUUCUGAACACAAUAAUUACUAACAUCAUCAACCUUUAAUAUGAAUAAAUGCUUUAACUUUCAUUGGAUUAACACGUCGAAGUGAUGGUAAAUUUAAUGAUAAUUGUGAUGAUAAAUGUGAUGAUAAAUA